AGUUCGAGUUGAGCGUGCGUCGGCAUUGGCAGCAAAAUAGUGUCUACCUCUUCCGAAACGGAAAAUAUAAAUAAUAAAAAAAUACAACUCACAAUCAGUCAAAAACACAAAAAAUCAGUGGUGUGACGUAUUUUUUGUGAGCCGAAUUCAAACCAUUUUGCUUGCCCCUUGCAACUUGCAGCUGAACGACUGAAAACUCCCACCAGCAAAUUGGCGCCGCCUACUAAUCUGGAGCCCUAUACGAUGGCUGUCAUAACGGAGCAUGGCAGCAAUAAUAAUAAUAUCAAUAAUCUCAAUCACAGCAAAGUUGCCAGCACUGCCGACACCGCAACCAAUCUCAAUCAUCGACAAUUGAGCACGGCAUUGAAUGUGCCCGAGUUUUUUGCUCACAAAAAUGUAUUCGUAACUGGUGGUACAGGAUUCUUGGGAACGGUAUUGAUUGAAGCCCUCUUGGAUACACAUCCUGAUAUUGGGACCAUUUACGUAUUGGUUCGAGGCAAACGCAAGUUUGAUCCCAAUGAGCGUAUAAAUCGUUUACUUCAAAAACCCAUCUUUCAAAAAUACAAUGAGAAAACUCUGGCCAAAGUUGUGCCCGUGGUGGGUGAACUUAGCGAACCAAAUUUCAAUUUCACUCCGGAAUUACUCGAAGAGCUUAUCGAUAAUGUCAAUGUGAUUUAUCAUAGUGCAGCAACCAUUAAGUUUAGUUCGCCACUGCGAACGGCCAUACGUACAAAUCUAACGGGAACUAUGCGGACCAUUGAAUUGGCCAAGCAGCUGAAACAUCUCUCGGCCUAUAUCUAUUGUUCGACGGCCUUUUGUAAUAGUAACAAUCGCGGACUGAUUGCCGAAGAGGUAUACAAGUCACAAUUCGAUCCAUACGAGAUGAUGAAAAUGGCCGAAGAUGAUGAUGCAUGGAUCGAUUUUACAGACCAAAAAUGCAAAGGCUAUACAAGAGAUCAUCCAAAUACAUAUACGUUUACGAAAAAUUUAUCAGAGAAUCUAUUGAUGGCGGAAAUGUCGGGAUUGCCAGCUGCCAUAGUAAGGCCAUCAAUUGUCUAUGGCACUCUGGAGCAUCCGAUGAAAGGCUGGGUGGGUAAUGCCAAUUCUGGACACUUGGGUUUCUUGGCCGGCUUUGUAAAGGGUAUCUUUCGGACGAUGUGCGGACGAGCAAAUGCCGUAAUUGAUAUCAUACCAUGCGAUUAUGUUAUCAAUUCAUCUCUGGUCAUGGGCUGGUAUGUGGGUACACGGCAUUUGGAUAAGCCCGAGAUUAUACACUGCACAUCGGGUGAGGUCAAUCCGUUGACUUUAUCCGAGUUUUGUACAAUCAUUAACGAUAGUGUGGAGCGACAUCCGCCCAAUAGUUUUGUAUGGAAGCCAGCGACAAAAUUACGUAAUGGUUGGCGUUAUAAUCUAUUCUUCUAUCUAUUCCAUUUGCUACCCGCUAUGAUUUUUAUCAUACCGGAAAAGCUCUUUGGUAUAGGAAUGCCUCAGCAUACAGCCUACGAAUAUAUGCGUGUGUUCCAAAAGGGCACAAAGGCCUUUGAUUACUUCCUGGACAAGGAUUUCCGUUAUUCAUUGAAGAAUGCUUUGCGUAUAUCAUCUAUAAUGCAUGAGAGUGAUCGUAAGCGUUAUAAUUUCGAUGCCAGUCUGUGCGAUUGGUCGGAAUUCAUAGAUCGCUGUCUCAUUGGCAUCAGGCGUUUCUAUUUCAAGGAGUCGGCGGUAACCACACAAUGGCAUCGCAAUCUCUGGAAGGCCUUCAACAUUCUUCACUAUGCUGGCUUUGCUGCCAUCUUUGCCGUUCUUUACUUCUCUCUCACAUCAUUUUUGGGCCUACAAAUUGGCCUGACGUUGGCCGUUCUUAUCUGGGGUUUCUUGGUCUGGUUGUAGGAUAAAUUGCCUAUAACAUUAAUGUGCAAUAUGAAUACAAAUAUUUUUUUUUGUUUUAUAUCAGAAUUAGAAUUUUCAUUCUAUCGUCACAAAAUUUUUGUAGUUGGUUCCGUCGUCUUUGUUGCCCAUUCUUUGUCUUAUUGUUAGUAAUUUUUUUUCUUUUUAAUAGGGUAUUAUGUAUUUUUAUCGUUUAAGAAUUUUUGUAAUCAAAAAGUACAAGUCAGACAUACACAUUACACAGAUUAUGAAUUCAAAGCAACAAUGCAAAUUAGCCCGAAACUUAGUCACAUUAAUAACUGAAUAAUAAUCAAGAUUGUAGAUUUUGUAACUAGGUCCUCCACCUCAUAUGUAGACAUAGUCAAAUAGUCAAACGUUUUGUCCACUUGUAAAUUACAAAAAAUUAAAAAAAAAAUAUAUAAACAUACAUAUAUAUAUAUAUAUGUAUCUAAAUAAUAAAAUAUGUAACUGUAACUAUUAUUCAAAUAAAUAUGACAAUUUAAAUAUUAAGUUAA